AUGAGGAUGGCGGCAAUUGCAAUUCUCUUCUUAUGGCAUCUCCUGGCUUUGGCGGAGGGAUUGUCGGCCCCGUCGUCGUUGCGAAAGUGUCCCGGAUAUAGGGCUAUAAACGUGGAAGAGAGCUCUCGUGGUUUGACUGCGGAUCUGACGCUUGCUGGCGAACCGUGCAAUGUUUACGGGACUGACAUUAAGCACUUGAAACUGGAAGUUGAAUACCAAGCGGACGCAAGGCUACAUGUUAUCAUCUACGACGCCGAUGAAAACGUCUACCAGGUGCCUGAGUCGGUAUUCCCCAGGCCUGCCACCAGGAAAAGGAGCCGCCACGAGGAAAGCUCUCCAGAAAUCAGGUUCUCGUUCGAAGAGUACCCAUUCUCGUUUUCUGUCUCACGGGUUAGCAACGGGGAGACUCUAUUCAACUCUAGCUCGUCCAGCCACAACCUAGUCUUCGAAUCACAAUACGUUCAUGUUCGCACUUCUCUCCCAGCGAGUCCAAAUUUGUACGGACUCGGAGAACACAGUGAUCCUUUCCGGCUGAAUACGACAGAUUAUACCCGGACGCUUUGGAACAGAGACGCGUAUAUGAUUCCGGCGGGGACUAAUCUCUACGGCACGCACCCGCUAUAUCUCGACCACCGCGGCGAGACUGGGACGCAUGGUGUAUUCCUGUUGAACUCGAACGGGAUGGACAUAAGGAUUGACAAGGACGCCGAUGGCAGCCAGUUCCUGGAGUAUAAUAUUCUCGGUGGCGUCCUGGAUUUCUACUUCCUGGCCGGCCCUAGCCCACUGGACGUGAGCGUGCAGUACGCAGAGGUUGCUGGAUUACCAGCUAUGGUGCCGUACUGGGGAUUUGGGUUCCACCAAUGUCGCUACGGCUACCGGGACAUAUUUGAAGUUGCAGCGGUUGUCUACAACUACAGCAGAGCCGGCAUUCCCCUGGAGACAAUGUGGACUGAUAUCGACUACAUGGAUCACCGCAAGGUCUUCACGCUAGACCAGCAGCGCUUUCCUAUUCACAAGGUGCGCGCCUUGGUGGAUUAUCUCCAUAAGCGCGACCAGCAUUACAUCGUCAUGGUUGAUCCCGCGGUGGCUCAUGCGAACGAUUCCGCGUUCCAGCGUGGCCUGCAGAGGAAUGUGUUCAUGCGGAACCAGGACGGUUCAUUGUAUAAAGGCGCCGUCUGGCCAGGCCCAACUGUCUUCCCCGACUGGUUCCAUCCGAAUGCUUCGGACUACUGGAUCAACGAGUUUGCUCUGUUCUUCGACGCCGAGACUGGAGUAGAUAUAGAUGCCCUAUGGAUUGACAUGAAUGAGGCCGCGAACUUUUGCGACUGGCCCUGCUCGGAUCCCGUUGCAUAUGCACAGGAGAAUAACUUGCCUCCUGAUCCGCCGCCUGUUAGACCGAACCCUAGCAGCCUCCCUGGAUUCCCGGCGGGGUUUAAGUCUGGGAAUAGAGAUAAGAGACAUACUCAGACAACUAGGAGUUACCGCCAGAGUCGGCAGACGAUCAAAAAUGGGACCAGGCUCGGCCUUCGCGACCGCGAGUUGAUCGAUCCGCCGUAUACGAUUGCUAAUGCAGUUGGCUCGCUGAGCAACAAGACUAUGAAUACAGAUCUGAUUCAUGCAAAUGGACUCGCUGAAUAUGACACUCACAAUCUAUACGGGACAAGCACGUAUUUCUAUCCUUUCCAACCGAACUAUGAACGCUAA